CUCCCUCUCUCAUUGAAUCUAUUAAGUGGCAAAAAUUCACGACAGAAAAUGGCGACGGCGGGGAGCCGGACGUUGUCGUUAGGCGGAUUAUUAGACUCCAGUAGCGCAAACGUCGGGAACGGACUUCAGGGCAAUUCCAGUGGCUCCACACUUUCGAACAGCAGCGGAAAAGUCAAGAGAAAUGCCGGGGAGAGUUCGCAGUGGAGGCGGAAGGUGAGGAGUGUGGAUCUGGAUAAAUGCGAGAGCGGGAGCGCAGCGCUGCACCUCCUCACGGUGUCCGGUCCCGGCUCGAUCCAGACCGCUUUACUGCAGCAGAGCCUCGCCGAGCCGCCGCUCGCAGAGAAAACCAGCGAUAAUCCGUGUAGGAGUGCUCAGGAAUGGAUGAGGAGCUCUUUAAAGAGCAGCGAGAGUCCAGGCGCUGAACAUGGAGGGACUUCUGCGGACGUGAACGCGUCACACAACAGUCGAGACAUGGAGAGCAAGGAGACUCUGCGAGGGCUGCAGAAGAUGGAGGACCGGCCAGAGGAGCGUUUGAUCCGAGAGAAGCUCAAGGCCACCUGUAUGCCCACCUGGAAGAGCGAGUGGCUGGAGAGACGGAGCAGGAGAGGCCCGAUGGUAGUGAAGCCCAUUCCUCUGAGAGCAGACGGCACUGAGGCGGGAAGCAACAGUCACAGCUCAUCUUCCUCUCAGAGCAGAGGUCAGCGCAGCCCUUCGCCUGGACCUUCCUCCUCCUCCUCCUCCUCCUCCACUAAGACCGCUGGGAAGCCUGAUUCUCCUGGUCUGCGCAGGCGGAGAGCCUCUCCGGUGCCUAGCGGGAGGGUGACGCCCCCUCGGAGAGCUCCUUCGCCUGAUGGCUUUUCCCCAUAUAGUCCAGAGGAGACCAACCGCAGGGUCAACAAGGUCAUGAGAGCCCGCCUCUACCUGCUGCAGCAGAUCGGACCGAACUCCUUCUUGAUUGGCGGAGACAGUCCGGACAACAAAUUCCGGGUGUUCAUUGGUCCACAGACGUGUAGCUGUGGCCGAGGGACGUUCUGCAUCCACGUGCUCUUCGUCAUGCUCCGAGUGUUUCAGCUGGAGCCGUCAGACCCUCUUCUGUGGAGGAAGACCCUGAAGAACUUUGAGGUGGAGAGCUUAUUUCAGAAGUACCACAGUCGCCGCAGCUCGCGCAUCAAAGCCCCCUCACGCAGCACCAUCCAGAAGUUUGUGUCCCGCAUGUCCAACUCUCACACCACAUGUACCUCCAGCGCCUCUCCAUCCAGCAACGAAAGCAGCAUGAAGGAUGAGGAGGAGCAGAUGUGCCCCAUCUGUCUGUUGGACAUGCUAGAUGAAGAAAGCCUGACGGUGUGUGAAGAAGGCUGCAGAAACAAACUCCACCAUCACUGCAUGUCUAUUUGGGCCGAGGAGUGCCGGAGAAAUCACGACCCAUUAAUCUGCCCUCUGUGUAGAGCCAAGUGGAAGUCUCAUGAUUUCUACAGUUAUGAAGCACCAUCUACAGUGGAAAGCACCACAAACCAGUCCCAGAGUCAAACAGCUGCUGCUUCUUCAGCGUCUUCAUCUCUUCACACCGAGAGCUCGAGAACGGGGCAGGACGGUGACUUCUCUCUCCCACAGUAUGGAGUACAGCACAUCCCUCAGACAUACACAGAGCUCGCCGAACCCUGGAUCAAGGUGUUUGGUUUGGAGUUGGUCGGCUGUCUCUUUUCCCGAAACUGGAACAUCAGAGAAAUGGCUCUUCGGCGGCUGUCACAUGACGUGAGCGGCGCCCUCCUCUUGGCCAACGGCGAGCAUUCAUUGGCCGGGGCGGGUGCAGGGGCGGGGCUUGGGACAGCUGCAGGGGAGGUGUCCAGAGACGUGGUGGUGGAGUCCUGCUGUAGCGUGCUCUCCAUGGUCUGCGCUGACCCCGUCUACAAAGUCUAUGUGGCAGCACUGAAAACCCUGCGGGCGAUGCUGGUGUACACCCCCUGUCACUCGGUGUCCGAGCGGACGCGACUACAGCAGCUGCUGCGGCCCGUGGUGGACACCGUCCUGCUCAAGUGUGCGGACGCUAACAGUCGCACCAGUCAGCUGUCCGUCUCCACUCUGCUGGAGCUGUGCAAAGGGCAGAUGGGGGAGCUCGCUGUGGGGAGGGAAAUCCUCAAAGCAGGCUCUAUUGGUAUCGGUGGAGUUGACUAUGUCCUGAGCUGUAUCUUGGGGUCUAAAACGGAGGCCAGUAACUGGCAAGCACUGCUGGGUCGGCUGUGUCUGAUCGACCGGCUCCUGCUGGAGUUUCCUGCUGAAUUCUACCCUCACAUCGUGUCUGGAGACGACUGCAACCAGGCCCAAAACAUUGUGGAGAGGUACCAGAAGCUGCUGCCUCUUCUGAGAUUCGCGCUGCAGUCCAUCGAUAACUCUCACUCCAUGGUGGGUAAACUCUCUCGCCGGGUGUUCCUGAGCGCCGCCCGUAUGGUCGCGCGUGUGCCUCAUGUCUUCCUGAAGCUCCUGGACAUGCUCAACAUCACCAGCUCCACUCACUACGCCCGCAUGCGCCGCCGUCUCCUGGCCAUCGCUGAGGAGAUGGACAUCCUGGACGCCAUCCACCUGGGACUAGACGACCUGCAGACCGAGCACGCCUCACACUCCAGCGCUUUCCUCGGACCCCCCCAGAACUCCCCGUGCACCACCGAGAGAAACUCUCCCACCCCUGAUCUACAGCAGACCACCACCAAGAUGACGCUUUCAGGUCAAGCCUGUUCAGCUCCUGUGGACGAUAUAACAGAGAGACUCUCAAACGUCGUCACAAGCCCUGCUGAGUUUCCAAAGCCCCCCGUUCAGCCCCGAAACAGACCCGUGAGUCAGUGUUUGAACUCCCCGUCAUCCGGUCAGCCCCCAAACCUUCCUUCUCUGUCCAUGGCCAACACCUCUGCCUUCCCUCCAGAAAACCCCAAAGCCUUGCCACAGUGUUUUAUGCCCAACAAGCUCACCCAGUCCUCACUGAAUACCCAGCGUAAGAAGGGAUUAAACGGAGGCUUCUGUAAGGAGCCGGAGAAGCUGCCUUCACCAGUGUUCACACAAGCUCAACCACUGCCCUCGAGUCAGAUCCACCGGCCCAGACCCACUCGCCCCUGUCCCGCUGACGGAGCUAAAGCUUUAAACCCAGGGACGAAGAGCAACAUGAGACUGGACCUUCAGGAGGUCAGGUCCAGAGAUGACGUGGUCUGCAGCGGCGGAUCCACUCUCAUCCCCAGCGAGGACUCGGUCUUCACUCCAGUGGAGGAGAAGGUCCCCGGUCUGGACGCCUCGGCCGAUCUCAGCUCCAGCAUGGAGGACCUGCUGGACACCUCCAUCCCUGCGGCAGACAGCACGGUCACCUUCCAGUCCGAAGUGGCGGUGCUGUCACCAGAGCAGGCGCACACAGACGACGACACAUACAGCGAGGACGUGACCCAGAACCAGAAGUGCAAGGAGAAGAUGGAAGCUGAGGAAGAAGAGGCGCUGGCGGUGAUCAUGGCCAUGUCUGAGUCACAAGACGCUCUGCCUGUCAUCCCACAGUUACAGGUGGAGAAAGAAGAGGACGUGAUCAUCAUUCAGGUGGAUACACCAGAGACUCUGCCUGGUCAUACCAAAGCGAAGCAGCCAUACCGGGAGGGCAAGGAAUGGCUCAAAGGUCAGCAGAUUGGGCUGGGUGCCUUCUCGUCAUGUUACCAGGCUCAGGAUGUGGGCACUGGCACUCUGAUGGCAGUCAAACAGGUGACGUAUGUGAGGAACACGUCCUCGGAGCAGGAAGAGGUGGUGGAGGCACUACGAGAGGAGAUCCGCAUGAUGGGUCUCCUCAACCACCCCAACAUCAUCCGGAUGCUUGGAGCAACCUGUGAGAAGAGCAACUACAACCUGUUUGUGGAGUGGAUGGCAGGUGGCUCUGUGUCUCAUCUCUUAAAUAAGUAUGGUGCCUUUAAGGAGGGAGUGGUCAUCAACUACACCGAGCAGCUUCUGCGAGGUCUGGCGUACCUCCACGAGAACCAGAUCAUCCACCGGGACAUCAAAGGUGCCAAUCUGCUGAUAGACAGCACGGGUCAGAGGUUGAGGAUAGCUGAUUUUGGGGCAGCGGCGCGUCUGGCUUCAAAAGGCACCGGUGCAGGGGAGUUUCAGGGGCAGCUCCUGGGCACCAUUGCCUUCAUGGCUCCUGAGGUGCUGAGAGGACAGCAGUACGGGCGCAGCUGUGACGUCUGGAGUGUGGGCUGUGCUAUUAUAGAGAUGUCCUGUGCCAAGCCGCCCUGGAACGCAGAGAAACACUCCAACCACCUGGCACUCAUUUUCAAGAUCGCCAGUGCUACCACAGCACCCUCGAUCCCUCCCCACCUGUCUCCAGGCCUGCGGGACGUCACCCUGCGCUGCCUGGAGCUCCAGCCCUCCGACCGCUCGCCCUCCAGAGAGCUGCUGAAGCACCCCAUCUUCCGGCACAGCUGGUAGAGCGAGACCUCCGACUACUGAAGCUCAUCCUGCUGUCGUUCUCUUGCCACGGUCACUGAAGCUGGCGCUCAAUACCUGAUGCAAACCCCGCUAGCACAUGUGUCUGUAUGAAAGUGCCAUGUCUGUUUUUAACUGCAGAUCCCUGCUUACCUUCUGAGUCUUUAGGUCAGUUCAUCUGUUAAAUCUCCUCACAUUUUAACACUGUUUGUGUCAAGCCUCGUGAUUUGCUUUCCACCACGAAUGUGUUUUGGUGAAAGACAAAUCUUUGCUAGUUGAUCUAGCGCACCGCUGAAUGUGAAUGCUUCUGAUGCCGGUAUGUAUAGAUGUCUGCUUUUACUUGUUUGGGUGUAAUCGGGAACCUUUGCAAAGCUAUCACCCAAUUUUAGACUGUGAUGUGUGUCUGUAACUUUGAUUUUACUUGUUGGAAAGUCUCACUGGAACAUAAUUUCUGAUCUCCAACUCCAUUUGAGUCGUAAUGUUGUGAUUCGACUCCUGAUUCAGCUGUUUAUUGCUCAGCCAUGUUUUUGGUGCGUUCUGUAAGUGAUUAAGCUUCCUAAAGGAGUAUUCAGCACCUUUUCCUGAUUAUUUCCUCAUGUGUUAUUUACUCCGUUUCAUGCUGUUGAACAUUUGGGUGGAGGGAUCAUAUUUAGCUAAUGGUAUUAGUGCUCGUUAUCAUUGUUUUCCCAAAAACAAUUAGCAUUAUGCAGAUGUCAGGUGUCUGAACUGUAGCUCUUCAAGUGUUGUUGCUGCUGACACAUUAUUUGACCUUAUUUGGACUCCAAUCUCAGUUUUAAACUUGACCGUUUCCAAACUAUUUUUAAAAGUGAUUUUAUUUAAUGCUAAAUUGUGGAAUACAGGCCGAUCAAGCUUGAAGAGUUCAGAUGUAAAUAUGGAUUUUGGUAGCUAAAUGUAUUUUACUCGACUCCUGCAAUUUUGUAUUUAUUUUAUUUUUUGGAAGCCACACUUCUCAUCAUUAAUACUUAUUUUGUUCCUGCAUUUGGGUGUUUUAUUUUAUUUUUUUCUAUGCCUUUAUAAAAGCUUUAAAGUUAUGCACUCUUGUCUUUUUAUAUACUGGAAAGAUGUCAGUUUCAGUCCGCUUCAUAAAAUCUAAUCAGUAUUACUUGAGUUUUCCACAUCUUCUUCUGUCGUUUCAGUUCGAUCAUCUCAAGCAGCUUGUUGCUCACUGUGUGUUAUUAUUCUGUUAUUUCACUGGCUUUUUUUGUUUUUUGAUGGGGGCUGAACGGAUCUGUAUGAAAGGAUGCCGUUUCUUGUCACUUGGUGGUACUUUUUAUGUGAAGAUGGUCUAUUGCUGUUUUAUUCCAGUCUUUUCUACCUCAGGUGUCCUCUAGAGUUUUCUUCUACCAAAGUUCACUUUCUCAAUAUAUAUAUAAAUAAUUAUAUAUAAAUAUAUAUUCUUUUAUUAUAAUUUUAUAUCUCUCUCUAUUUUUUCCCCUUAAAGAUCUCCAGGGCUCAAGGGCUAACUAAUAUUAGCUCCUUUUAUUAUUGUGCAAAUACAUCUCUGGGUUCAGCGAGAGAAACUUUAAUUGGCUAAAGCUGUAUCUUUUAAUCUUGUGUAGCUUUUGUCAAAAAUGUUUUAAUUCUUAGGUUUUUACCCCAUUUGAAACAUUUUAUAAUGAAAUCUACCUAUUUUGGUCUUUAUAGCAAAUAAAACGUAUAGGAAAA